AUGAACUUUAUAACUAAGCAAAUUGAAAAGAAGAUAGGAAUGGAUCUGAAUGGCGACGGUGUCGUCGGAUCAGGUCGUGGUCAUGGUCAUGCACAGGGACAUGGAAGCGGCGGUGCCGCUGGAGGUGUGAUAAACCAAGUAGAAAGAGCUACCGGUAUGGAUCUCAAUGGCGACGGACGUAUCGGUGGAGGUGCUAGUAUGGGCCACGGUCCACAAUAUGGAGCACAAGGAUACGGACCUAGUCCAAAUUCGUACGGUGCACCGGGAUAUCAACAGAAUCCUAAUGCAUACGGUGGACCAGGUUAUGGACAAAUGCCAAAUCAGUUCGGUGGACCUGGUUACGGACAGAUGCCAAACCAAUACGGUGGGCCUGGUGGUUACGGACCACCGCCAAAUCAAUUCGGUGGACCUGGCUACGGACCACCGCCAAACCAGUUUGGCGGACCAGGUUACGGGCAGAAUCCAAACCAAUUUGGUGGACCUGGAUAUGGAGGAAAUCCGAAUCAAUUCGGUGGACCUGGUGGUUAUGGUCCUCACCAUUAA